AUGCAAGGCCACACCAAGAAAGUAGUGCCAAAUGUCGCGAUUUUGAGAGAAUUAGGUAUGCCUAAAUCAUGCAUUUCUCUGUUGCUAGCUCAUUGUACGCAUGCUUUGAUACAUGAUACUGAAAAGUUUCGCCAAGUUGUGAAAGAGGUUAAGGAAAUGGGUUUUAACCUGGAAAAGUCGAUUUCCGUGUCGGCAAUAAGCAUAAUGUGUCGUUCAUUUUAUAAGCCGAUAUUGAAGCGAAAUUGUGAAGUUUAUAGCAGGUGGGGUUGGUCGGAGGCUGAUGUUCUCUCUGCUUUCAGGAGUCGCCCGGAGUUUUGCAGAAGAGAACCUAUCCCGAGGUGUUCGGUUGUUAGAGUUUUGUUGUCGAAAGGACUGAUAAAUACUGAAAAACUGAGCUUACAUUCUGUGUUUGGACCUGUGGAGAAGGAGUUCUUGGAGAGAUUUGUUGACAGUUAUCUUGGUGAAGUACCUCAGUUGUUGUGCGUAUACCAAGGAAAAGUGGAUAUCCAGGACGUAUGA